AUGCUGGUUGCACUCAAGUUCCCUCCUCACUUUACCAUCAUCAUCAUGCAGUGUGUCAGAUCACCUAAAUUCUCUUCGGCUAUCAAUGGCUCUCUCCAUGGGUUCUUUGAAGGCAAAAGAGGCCUUAGACAAGGUGAUCCUCUGUCACCUCUCCUGUUUGUGCUUUGCAUUGAAUAUUUGUCCAGGAUCCUGAAGGUGGUGGGUGAGAAAGAAGAAUUCCAGUUUCAUCCAAGAUGCAAGGUGUCCAAACUAAAUCAUCUAUGUUUUGCUGAUGAUCUCAUCUUGUGUUGUAAAGGUGAUUUCAGAUCUGUCUACUUGAUGAUGCAAGGUUUCAAAUUGUUCUCAAAUACUACAGGCUUGCAAGCUAGCCCUUCUAAAACAUCUGUUUAUUGCACUGGCAUGCCUGAAACUGAAGUUCAAAGAAUUCUGGUCAUGACAGGGUUUUCCAAAGGGAGUUUCCCCUUUAGAUACCUUGGUUUGCCUAUUUGCUCUAAGAAAAUUAGAGUUGGUGAGUGUGAAAAGAUAGUGGAAAACAUGUGUGCAAGGAUUAAAAUAUGGAGCUCCAGGAACAUGUCCUUUGCUGGUAGACUCACAUUGAUCAUGGUGCUACCUAAAGGGGUGUACAAUACUGUCAAUGCUAUUUGCAGGAACUUUCUUUGGAAGGGCACUAUUGAUGCUAUUGGCCCUGCAAUGGGAAAACAUGUGUGGAUGAUUGCCACAAAGAAAGAUAACAUGUGGGUGAGGUGGGUGAAUAAUGUAUACAUCAAGGAUGGAAGUUGGUGGGAUUAUUCCCCCAAAGUGUGUGAUAGCUGGUACUGGAAAUCCAUAUGCACUGUGAAAGAUUUGAUGAAGAAUUACUUGUCUGAAACUCAGUUGAUUUCUAUCACUAAAUACACCAUUAAAGAAGCUUAUUGCUGCCUUGCUCCUGUUCUAUGCAAAGUGCCAUGGACUAAUGCAGUAUGGGAUAGAUUGAGUCUCCCUAAGAAUAGAUUUAUCACUUGGUUGGCUAUGUUGGAAAGACUAAACACAAAGGACAGAUUACUGAAAAUAGGAGUUUCUGCUGAUAAUUGUACUACCAAGAUUGGUAUGCAGAAUGCUCCUAAGCUCCUCUCUGCUACAUUUCAAUGGAUAUUCAGCAGAAGGAUUACUAAGUUCAGAAGGGGAGUGUACUCCACCCUUGUGAUGAGUGUGGCUUAUCACAUUUGGAUUGAGAGAAAUAAUGCUACGUGGAACUCUCAAGUUAGGUGUAUUGAUAAAGUGUGCAGCAGUAUACUUCAGAAUGUAUAUAAUAGAGUGAAUGGUGUGAUGCCCAAAGAAAUAAGCAAUAGGGAUCACAUUUGGUUCUCAACCCUGUUUGCAGGGUAG